ACAAAACAGCCAACAGUCGCAGCCGUAUUGACAACAGCGACUUAGCAUACUUAAUCGCCAAUCUUCAUAUACAUUGAUCUCUGUAGUCUUUGUCGCCCAUAUACUAGUCUAGCGUUUUAUUCUGUCAUGGCUGAUCUUGUCCCUGAAGCAGAUAUUGAUUCUGUCAUUGAGCGACUUCUUGAAGUUCGUGGAAGCCGACCUGGAAAGCAAGUCCAGCUUACAGAAGCAGAAAUCCGCUACCUCUGUACAAAGUCGAGAGAGAUCUUUGUAAACCAGCCUAUUCUUCUAGAACUUGAAGCCCCAAUUAAGAUUUGCGGCGAUAUUCACGGACAGUAUUAUGAUCUUUUAAGAUUAUUCGAGUAUGGUGGAUUUCCUCCAGAGGCCAACUAUCUUUUUCUGGGAGACUACGUAGACCGUGGAAAGCAGUCCUUGGAGACCAUUUGCUUACUGCUUGCAUACAAGAUCAAAUACCCUGAAAACUUUUUUAUUCUUCGAGGAAAUCAUGAAUGUGCAAGUAUCAAUCGUAUUUACGGAUUUUAUGACGAAUGUAAAAGGAGGUAUAACAUCAAACUCUGGAAAACAUUCACAGAUUGCUUCAACUGUUUACCUAUUGCAGCAAUCAUUGAUGAAAAAAUCUUUACUAUGCACGGUGGCUUAUCUCCCGAUCUUCAAUCCAUGGAGCAAAUUCGUCGGGUUAUGCGACCCACUGAUGUUCCUGAUACAGGUCUUCUUUGCGAUUUACUUUGGUCAGAUCCUGACAAGGAUAUUACUGGCUGGAGCGAAAACGAUCGGGGUGUUAGCUUCACUUUUGGCUCUGAUGUUGUAACGAGAUUUUUGCAAAAGCACGACUUGGAUCUAAUCUGUCGUGCGCAUCAAGUGGUUGAAGAUGGUUACGAGUUUUUUGCAAAACGGCAAUUGGUUACUCUUUUUUCUGCACCCAAUUACUGUGGUGAAUUUGACAAUGCAGGAGCCAUGAUGAGCGUGGAUGAAACUCUCAUGUGCUCGUUCCAAAUUCUGAAGCCGGCAGAAAAGAAACAAAAGUAUGCAUAUGGAGGUAUGGGUACUGGUCGGCCCGUCACACCCCCACGAAACAAGAAGAAGAAGGAAAUGGCCAAAACAAUGUAA